CGACCAAGCAGUUCGCUUUUCACCUCGGCCUCUCCACUCCAUGCCCAGUGCCCAGCACGAUUGAGACCCGUGGACAGAUCAAGCACCAGCAUGGCACCACUAUCGCAAAUUCUCCAGUCCAAACUUGCCCGUGCCUAGUUCUAGGUUCCUGUUUCUGCUUCCCGCUUUGUUCGGCUCAAUUCAAUUCGACGCUACCUCUACUUCUUUACUUUCUUUUUUUCUUAUUUUUUAUUUUUUUUUAUUUUUAUUUUUUUCUCGCAACGCACGAAAAUCUGUACACAUCACUACCAGCUUCUUCCGCCUAUUCACUCAUUACACACACACAGACACACGACCGCUGUACGUUGUUGUUCCGCCAAUCCAUCGUAGGAAGAUCAGGGAAAAGGCCUUGACGGCAACAAGAGACAAUCUUGUUUUUAUCACAACUGCCACCCACACCAACCACUACAUUACACUCUUUCACCUUGGACUUACAACUCGUGCUUACCGCGAGCAAGGUCGAGCCUGGAUCGCUUACCAAAUCGAGUUGGACUGGACUGACGUUUAAUCCUCGCGCCCUGGCGCAGGUUCUACCACGCAACAUUCGUGACUUGGGCCCGCCCAUAGAUUCAGUCAACUGCGCCUCGCCAAGGCCCGCCUACUUUACCUGACCUUCCUACCUUCUGAUCCUAACCUGAUCACGACUUCUUCGGCUCCGACUGCUCAAUCCAAACACGCAGCCUUCGUCGCGAUCACCCCGGGGUUUCAAUUUCCGGUGCGACGACCGGUUUCGCGCAACAGUAGAGUCGAAACCCCUGGGUCUGCGACGGCCUGUGUGUGCACACACAUCGAACUGGUACCCAACUCGCACUCGACGAGACUUCCGUCGGCCGUGGCCCUCGGAAUCUUUUCCACCUGCCAACAUCAUUACGAAUGCGCUGGUUCACUGUCGACACCUUGUCGCUUUUGUCGUUUUGCUGCUAUCAGCCUCUUUAACGAACCAACCACCACACAGCCCUGGAACCGACUUUAGGAGCCUUACGGUCCGUUUCAGCAAAGCAAUUUUCUGCGUUGCCAGAGUGAAAAAAAAACUUCAACAACCGAACCUCUCUUAGGCGCCCAGACUCGUUCGGACCUUCGGCGAGUAACCCUACAGGCCCUAGCUUUUGCCAGUCUCGCAAUCCCACCCGUGGCUGUCAAAAGGCGUUCCCAGUCUUAUGACUGGACGCUCUUUGGGCCCACGAUGGAGAAUGCUGCCUGCAAUUUGAUAUACGUCGAUCGGUCCAUCCGUCAAGACAGGAUCGUUCGCGCUUCAUCGUACAAUUCUGACGGAACUGAGGGGCCAUUGGCCGGGUCCUCGGAUUAUGAAACUCAGGCACUAAGGGAAAACGUUCAACUGCUUUUAGAGUUCAUCGGUGAUGUCCACCUCGUCGCAACCGGAGCGUCAUGCUUGACCCAGCUCUUCGACUUGCUCGAUCAUUCAAUCAUCGAGACAAAACCCAUAAUUGUCCUAAUUGAUGUCUCCAACAACGAGCCAACGCCCAAAGAUAGACCCCGGUCAGGCUCACAUUCACGGCCUAGGACACCUUCGCGGACAACCGAAUCGCUGGAUGAUGAAUUCUCGCAUACCUCCAACGAUGCGGAUUUAUACGGCACAAGAUUGCUGCAGAGGAUUGUUUCGGAGUCUCACCUGCGUAAUGUGUCCAGUUUAGUCGUGCCAAUUUCUCUCGUGGGCUCUCCUGGCGUAGACGAAUUUUCAGCAGAUGUCACUCAGGCUUCGAUACGUGAGAAAUCCGGCCGGAUAUCGAAAAACCCCCAUGAUUCGGUUGAUCUGGGUCUUUUCAAGUAUUGUCUGGACCUGGGCGCAACCGAUGUCAUGGUCAAACCCCUCAAGUGCGUAACCUCGAUACAGGUGCAUGCAUACCAGGCAUACAAGGAGGCCUCCAAACAAAGACAAGCCGUAUUGGAAUUGAAGCGUGGGCGCAAGCGGUCUUGGGUUGGUGUAGACGACGCAAAGCCGUAUGCUUAUCUCAGGGAAGACAUGGUGUCAAGCCUUAUGGGGCGCAUUUGCCGCCCAGGGGAUGAUCAGGAUGAUCGGGUUUCGAACGUUAGGAUCUCAGUGUCCCAGGAUCGCCGGUCGCAGAUCGCCAAAGCCGUCUCUCGGUGGCAUUUCUGCGCGCACGACUUUAGUGACGACGAAUUGAUAGUGGCGGCAACGCUGAUGCUGAAGCAUGCGCUCGCCAUGCCAGAGCUUGAGCGCUGGAGAAUGUCGACCGACCAACUAUCGACUUUUCUGAUCGCGUGCCGAGCAGCUUAUAACAAUUUCGUGCCUUACCAUAAUUUCCGGCACGUUAUCGAUGUUUUGCAGGCCACCUUCAACUUUUUGGUACAGAUCGGCUCGUUACCACCAUUUCCGCCUCGCAGCGACGACUACAUUGCCACUCCACAACCAACAUCUCCCAUUGCCACACUCAUGAAGCCUUUCGAAGCAUUGACGUUGCUUGUCACGGCCGUCGGCCAUGAUGUUGGACACCCAGGAGUUAACAAUGGCUUUUUGGUGACGCUCAACGCACCUCUUGCCCAGCUUUAUAACGACCGCUCUGUCUUGGAGUCAUUCCAUUGUGCGGCUUAUUCACAGAUUUUGCGGAGAUACUGGCCAGCGGCCUUUGAAGACUUGCAGAUGCGAAACCUGAUGAUUAGUUCGAUCCUGGCGACUGAUAUGGGGCUUCACUUUGACUACAUGAAGAAACUCGGCGACCUCCAGGAGAAGCUGCACGAGAAUAAUGCAAUAGAGGGGUGGAACGGACGCGUGAUCGAAGAGCACAAGGCACUGGCGUGCGCUAUAUUGAUCAAAUGUGCUGAUAUAAGCAAUGUGGCGCGAAAGCAUGACACAGCUUUGAAGUGGACGCACAUCCUGUCCGAUGAGUUUUCCCGUCAAGCUUCGAUGGAAACUGAUCUUGGUAUUCAGUCUUCGCUCAUGGCACCACCAAAGAAGGACGUGAUUUCUCUCUCAAAGGCGCAACUGGGCUUUAUGAACCUAUUCGCCAUACCACUUUUCCAAGGAGUUGCCGACAUCCUCCCAGCGAUGCAAUAUUGCGUUGACGAGCUGGAGAUCAACAAGGCUUUGUUUGACCAGAUGAUUGUGGCAGAGCAAUCGAGGCAUGACAGACCAAAGGCCGCGCGGGAACCGACGUUAUCUCCAAAGACGAUGAGCGUCAUAAUUCCCGCAGAGUCUGAAUAUGCAAUCGAUAUAUCAGACGGACAUGGCAAGAACGAUAUUUCGGCAGAAGAUGUAUUAAAGCGACACGCCAACCCUGAGGAGAAGCCCGACACGAACCCAGAGCACAAGCCCCCGCAUAUACCUGAACCGUACAAUCAGUACAAGGAGGUCAACGGAACGACAAGUGAGUUUGAAGCGGUCGCUGAUUUUGCAGCAACUGACCCGUUCAAUAUGCAAGAGAGUCGGCCAUGCACGUCUCGGAAACAGCGCUGCAGUGAAGCGACGGAUGGGAGCGCAUCGGCACCGGGUACGGGCGACUGGGCUUCUCAGGCAACUAGCGCAACCACGGGCAAGAUGCCACUUUCGCCUAGCACGCAAGGUACUAGCAUUCUCAGCCAGGAAUCUCUGGAUCGACCCGUCAGCGUCCCUGCCACGAUGGUCACAGCUCCGGACGAGCCACAUGCCAACAAGCAUCAACUGCCAGUCAGAUUAGACCACAAGAGCCACUCGGAUUCGAGACUCGAAAUCAGCCCGUCGCACUCGGUUGAGGAUGACACUCAUUCCACAUCGCCCAACGGCAAGCUAUCCGUUGAAGGGAGCACGCUCAAGAAGAAGUCAAGCAGAUUCAGAAUGAAUGCUUUCACUUUCUUCCGACGUCACAGGGGUGCAAGUCCACCGUUAUCGGCUGCCGACACUGCUGGUUGAGGAGACCAGAAGAAUUUGUCGGUAGACUACGACGAUAAAAAGUUCAGUACUACUGUUCACUCAGAUAUACCCGAAGCACGAGGUCCUGUUGGUAUGCCUUCAUCAGCUGCCACAUCUCAUAUACAGCUUCUUGAGGCGUCUGAGCCAAACCAAAAAGAUUCAUUGAAGGCGAAGCAUCACGACUCACCUCUCAAAGAGCUCACCUCAAAAGGUCGCUUGAGGUUGUUGCACCUUGCUAGCUUGAAGGUCAAAGCUGCACCAAGACCUGGAUCUCCAGGUCAAUAAUAACGCGGAGUCCACGAAAAAAAGGACUGCUAUGCUCAUCUAACCACAUGGCGCAUCUCUUUGCCAAACUGGUAAGAGGCGCAGUCAAAGAGUGGCGCCCGAACUGCGUCUGGGGCUGAGAUGUAGCAAAUAUGAGCUCAGUCUACCUAAAGACUGUUGCUCUUACUAUUGUUGAAUUAUGAACAUGAUAGCACGGACACUUGUGAAUCUUUCAGAGUGUCUUUACAUUGGUACGCCAUUUGCCGAGAUACUCUUAUCCCGCGUGUUGUACACAGCAUGUUGGAGAUUUCUACACGGAGGAUGGUAGCAAUAGGCUCUUCGAGUACUUGUUCUGAAAAUUGACCAAAUCCCUGAGAACGGUUGAUUAGUGCUGUCUUUUCUAUUUUCAUUUUUACCCCCUAGCGAGAACUGGCUGGGAUGUACGAUUUAUAUAGAUGUUCUUUUUGAGAUCGGCUAUGCUCAUGAGGCCUGGCGUCCCUGGCGUUUAGGCAUGGGGUAGGCGAAAAACGCGAUUCCCCUUGUGGCAUGGUCGGGGGUCAUGGAAUGGGGGAUUUUUGGUCAGAGUAGUAAAGGGGGGGCUGGGCAGCCUGGUGUACAGGAGUUGACGGAGCUACUUAUUGUUUGUUUUUAGGAGGCAGAAAGGGUCCCCUGCGUAUCGACCUUGUAUGAUACCGUGUUCUGAACAUGAGAAAUUGAA